AUGUCGAAAGCAAUCUACAUCUCCCCAAUUGAUGGCAAGCCUGGAAAACCUGGCCAAGUCUACUAUCCGCUCUCUCUGCGCACCAUACCCAAGCCUUCCCCGCAAGGGGGUGAGCUACUAGUGAAAUUGACGGCCGCGUCACUCAAUCACCGUGACCUUUUCCUACGCCAACACCUCUAUCCAGGUGUUACCUUUGAUGUGCCCCUACUAGCAGAUGGAGUCGGCUUUGUCGUCGGUGCUGGCCCGAAUGUCCCCAACCCAGAGUCAUGGCACGGCAAGCGUGUUAUCCUGAAUCCCGGUGUUGGCUGGAAGGACUCGCCCGAUGGACCGGAAGAGGCGACUGGAUACAGAAUUAUGGGCGGCACAAAGGUCUAUGAUAAGGGGACACUGCAGGAAUAUAUCGCUAUUGAGUACUCUGAGGUUGAGGAAGCCCCUGAGCACCUAAAUGAUGCGGAGGCGGCGGCCCUUCCCCUGACUGGGUUGACGAGUUGGAGAGCUCUCAUCACCAAGGCUGGUGAUAGGAACUCUGGUAGUGGUGCUGCUGUUCUGAUUACUGGUAUCGGUGGUGGUGUCGCUUUGAUGGCACUGCGAUUUGCUGUCGCUCGUGGCGCAUACGUAUUUGUGACUAGUUCGAGCCAGGAGAAGAUUCAAAAGGCUAUUGAGUUGGGUGCGACCGGUGGUGUUAACUAUAAGGAAGAAGGUUGGGAAAAGAAGCUGUUGGGUUUGCUCCCUGCCGAAAAGAAGAACUUCGAUGCCAUCAUCGAUGGUGCGGGUGGUGAUUCUGUUGAGAAAUCUGUCAAGCUGCUCAAGGCUGGUGGUGUCCUUUCUAUCUAUGGAAUGACAGUCUCUCCCAAGAUGCCCUUUACAAUGGCCGCUGUGCUGAAGAAUAUUGAUAUCCGAGGCUCCACGAUGGGAUCUCGCAAGGAAUUCAAGGAGAUGGUCGAAUUUGUCAAAGCUAAAAAGAUCUUUCCUGUGGUGUCGCGCGUGCUGCAGACCGAUCUGGACGAUCUAGCUGCCAUCGAUGGACUGUUUGAAGACAUGAAGCAGGGCACCCAGUUUGGUAAACUCGUGAUUGAGUUCAGCAAGUCGACAGGAAGUAAGCUUUGA